CAACACAAGACGCAGUAUCAUUGUGCAAAGUAUGUCUCCGCCAUGGACCAGAGAGGUUUCUUCAUAUUGGCGAUAUUAACGACAAUUUUGGUGCAAGUGAAAAGUGAUCGAAAUGUGUUGAAUUCUACGAACAUACCGACGUCUGCUGAUAGCGUAUCGGGUUUCGCUUUGGAAAUGAUUUUGAGCAAACAUGAAUCCGUAGAGCAUCAGUUACGAGAAGAUGUACAAGAGCAACGAAAAGCCAAUGUGAAAAAUCAAGAGAAAUUAAUACAAACUCUUGAGUUAUUAACCAAGAUGCAACAAGAUAUGCAAUUAAAGAUGCAACAGACGCACACAGAGUACCAAAAGGCAAUGAAGGAAUUGAAGUCUACAUUAUCCACCCAAGGAUUAGAAGUCAAGAACAAACAAGACGAAACCGGAAACCAUAUAUCGCAAUUAGAGCGCGAUCAAAAGGAGCUACGAAACACAAUGCUGGAUCUUCUACACGAUUCAUAUCGAUCAUGCAGAGAUGCCCCCUCGAAUGUGUCUGGGAAGUAUAAAAUACGCUUGAACGGGAAAAUCAAUUCAUUCGAAGCAUAUUGUGAGCAAUUGCUCGGUAGUGGCGGUUGGAUGAUCAUUCAAUGGCGCAAGGACGGAUCGCAGAACUUCAAUCGCAAUUGGGAUUACUACAGAAAUGGAUUUGGCGAAGUCGACCGCGAGCACUGGCUUGGAUUAGAGCGAAUUCAUCAGCACACGAAGGAGCACGAUUGUGAGAUGCUGAUCGAGUUAGUAGACUUUUCAAAUACCCACAAAUACGCUAGGUAUGACUCAUUUGCCAUCGGUAGUGAAGCAGAGGGUUACCAUCUCAAAACUCUGGGAUCUUAUAAGGGAACGGCCGGAGAUUCACUAAGAAAACACGUGGGAAUGAAGUUUUCCACACCAGAGCGGGAUAAUGAUAAAUCUACUAGUAACUGUGCAGAAUCUUAUAAAUCAGGCUGGUGGUUCAAUAGUUGUGGUUAUGUCUUUCUGAAUGGACUGUAUCGAAAUGCAAAGGGAUCAGGAAAAAACGACAUUGCUUGGUACGGUUUCAACGAGGAUUCUCGCGGUCUAUUCAUAACACGAAUGAUGAUACGUCCUAAUUAACACACGACGAAAAGAGAGACAAGAAAUCAUCAAGAAACUUUAAAUUUUCUGUUUCAGA